GCUAAGCCAGGGAUAUAAUCUCAAUUUUUUUGGUGUCGGAUCCAAAAUCAGCAUUAUUAUGGAAUUACUUGAGGACUACUUUCCUACAUGGUACUCAAGGAAUGUCCAGGAUGAUGAUCAACUACCUGGAGUUAUGGUAAUCAACGGGUACAAUCCUGGCACAAAAUUAAAGUCAGUCAUACAUGAUAUUGUCUCAGUGGUUGUGAGUGAAGAAGACAAAGAAAGAGGAAGUCUUCGUAUGCCAAAGCACGUAUCUGAAGCAUUUCCAUUCUUGAUGUCAUAUCUAAAGAAAAACGUCACCCAAAGCAAAAAGAACAACAUCGUCAAACCAAAGCUCGUUCUAGUGAUACAUAACAUAGACGGGGAACCGUUUAGAGAAGAAAGGGCUCAGAUUUUUCUCUCUCAGCUAGCGUCGCUUCCCAAUGUGUGGCUCUUGGUCUCAACAGACCACAUCAAUGUGGGACUUUUAUGGGAUCUCUAUCGCUUCAAAAACUUCAGCUUUCUCUGGCAUGAGGUGACCACACAUGAGGCCUAUCGGGUUGAAAUGUCUUUUAAAGAUGUCUUGAGUGUCGGCAAGUCUAGAAAAUUUGUUGGCACCAAGGGAGUCAAACAUGUGCUCACGUCUUUAACAGCGAACGCCAAGAAUCUUUACAAAAUAUUAUUGAAGAUGCAAUUAGAGAAGAUUGUCGAGAUGACCGCCUCAAAAUCUGCUCGGACUGGUCUUCGUGGAAAUCCAAAACUAGGGCUCGAUCUCCAGGAUGCUUACGAUAAGUGCGUGCAAGAAUACAUUGCUAGUAACCGAACCAAUUUCAAUACGAUGUUGCAUGAGUUCGUGGAGCAUAAAAUGUGCUCUCUAGCCAGAAGCAAAGCAGGUGGUGAUAUCGUUUUCAUACCAUUCACAUAUGAUGAGAUGGAGAAGAUUGUUGGAGAGGAGUUUGCAAAUUAGCAGCCCAUGAAACUGCUAUCUUUCUCUAGGUGCG